GCCUGGCUCUCUGAGGUUGAAGGUAAAGUAGCAGCCAGAAGUGAUAGGCGGCACAGCAGUGAUAUCAACCACCUUGUAACACAGGGCAGAGAGAGCCCUGAAGGGAGUUACACGGAUGACGCAAAUCAGGAAGUUCGAAGCCCAGCUCAGCAACACGCACAUGCAAACGAGUUUGAUGAUGAGUUUGAAGAUGACGAUCCAUUACCCGCUAUAGGACAUUGCAAGGCAAUAUAUCCAUUCGAUGGUCAUAAUGAAGGCACUCUAGCUAUGAAAGAAGGGGAAAUUUUGUACAUUAUUGAGGAGGACAAAGGAGAUGGGUGGACAAGAGCUCGAAGACAUAAUGGAGAGGAAGGCUAUGUGCCAACAUCAUAUAUAGAUGUAACGCUAGAGAAAAACAGCAAAGGUUCCUGAAGCGGGUUUCUGAGAAAAUGGGCGAGAUCUUGAAGGAGGUUACAUGCAGCUGCUGGGGGUGGAGGGGGGUGGGGGGUACUAGAUGGGGAGGCCCAAGGGGAAAAGCUAGUUGCAUGAAUGCAUGCAGACGUACAUUUAGUCACUAACAUCUUAGCAUCUCCAUACAUAGGUAAGGACAUAUUACAAAUUCUUCCAUUUGUGCAGGAAAAUAAGACUUCCUUUUCCAGAGUAAAAAGGC